AUGUCCCAGGAACUCCUCGACUCCAACCCCAACGCCGCAAUACCAGACGCCGGCGACAAGAGCGACUUCUCCCUAGCCAAUCCCCAAGCCAACCCCCAAGGCGCAGUCUAUAUCGACCCGCUGUACAGACACUACAACCCGCAGUACGGCAACGCGGACCAGGGCCCCGUCUGGAGUCUGGCGCAACCGCUCCCGCACGUCGUCCGCGAUGGCAUGCGCCCAAACCCAUCCCCAGAACACUCCACCGAACAAACCACCACACACGAGCACCAAGGCCCAGCCGCCCACGAGCCACCAACCGACACAACCAAGUACGAGCAAGAAGACCCCGGGAAGAAAGUCUCCCAGCCCGACGAACGCGGCUUCUUCAACCGCUGGAGCAAGAUCCGCUACUACAUCCGCGAGCCGCUGGCCGAAUGGCUCGGCGUCACCGUCGCCCUGACCAUCGGUCUCGGCGCGGGUCUGGCGACCUUCACCUCGCAGUCGCAGGCGGGCUCGUUCCCGUCCAUGGCUGCGGCGUGGGGGUUCGGGUUCAUGCUGGCGAUCUAUCUGGCUGGAGGCGUCUCGGGAGGACAUCUCAAUCCGGCCAUUACGAUCUCGCUGUCCGUGUGGCGCGGGUUCCCGGCGAGGAAGUGUGUCGUGUACCUGCUUGCGCAGAUCGUGGGUGCGAUUACGGCAGGUGGGUUCGUCUAUGCUAUCUACCAUGACGCUAUUGUGAGCUCUGCGGCUAUGAGUAGCGUGCCGCAGAAUCAGUCGAAUGCGGCGCAGGCGCUGUUGACGAUGCCGAAGGAGUUUGUUCAGCCGGCGACGGCGUUCUUUAAUGAGUUUCUUGGCUCUGCUAUUCUGGUUGGGUGUAUCUUUGCGCUGGGUGACGAUACCAAUGCUCCGCCUGGGGCAGGAAUGCAGGCGUUCAUUGUUGGGAUUAUGAUCAGCAUGCUCGUGCUUGCGUUGGGAUACAACACAGGGGGAUGCUUUAACGGCGCACGAGACUUCGGGCCUAGACUAGUUGUAGUAAUGGCUGGCUGGGGCGGACACCUCUUCCGCGAAAAGCACGCCUGGUGGGUAUGGGGCCCCUGGAUCGCUAGCAUUGCCGGUGGACUCUCGGGGGCGUUUAUCUACGACCUCGCGCUCUUCACCGGCGGUGAGAGUCCGGUCAACUAUCCGCGACGGAGGAGAAAGCGGGCUAUGCUGUUGAAAGAAAAGAAAUGGCGGCAUAGACUGGGGAUUUGGCGUCGGAAGAAUGUUGAAGAUGUGGAAAAGGCGGUUAAGGAGAUGGAGAGAUGA